GAGCGGGGCUAAACCCGGAAGUGGCGAGCGGCGCGGGGGCAGCGCCGGGGGUCGGGAGCGACAGCAGCGACAGCAGCGACAGCAGCGACAGCAGCGACAGCAGCGACAGCAGCGACAGCAGCGACAGCAGCGACAGCAGCGAUGUCGGAACGGAAAGUGUUGAACAAAUAUUACCCCCCGGACUUCGACCCAGCGAAGAUCCCGAAGCUCAAACUCCCCAAGGACCGUCAGUACGUGGUGAGGCUGAUGGCCCCCUUCAACAUGAGGUGCAAGACCUGUGGGGAGUACAUCUACAAGGGGAAGAAGUUCAACGCCCGGAAGGAGACGGUGCAGAACGAGGUGUACCUGGGGCUGCCCAUCUUCCGCUUCUACAUCAAGUGCACCCGCUGCCUGGCUGAGAUCACCUUCAAGACAGACCCCGAGAACACGGAUUACACCAUGGAACACGGAGCCACUCGCAACUUCCAGGCAGAGAAGCUGCUGGAGGAGGAGGAGAAGAGGCUGCAGAAGGAGAGGGAGGAGGAAGAGCUCAACAACCCCAUGAAGGUCCUGGAGAACAGAACCAAGGACUCCAAGCUGGAGAUGGAGGUUCUGGAGAACCUGCAGGAGCUGAAGGAGCUCAACCAGCGCCAGGCCAACGUGGACUUCGAGGCCAUGCUGAAGCAGUACAAGGAGUACGAGGAGGAGCAGAGGAGGAGGGAGCAGGAGGAGGAUGAGCAGGAGAUGAAGUCCAUGCUGGAGCAGGCCCAGAACCGGCGGCUCCUCGUGGAUUCCGACUCCGACGAGGAGGCGGCGAAGCCGCGCCCGAAACCCGCGGGCACCAACCCCACGGACAUCCUGCAGGAGGACCCUCAGCCCCAGAGCAAGAAGCUGAGGACGGAGAGCUGGGAGAGGAGCGUGGGCAAACUCAACAGCAAGGCCCAGCUGGCUGGGCUGGUGUCCCUGAGGAAGCAGAAGGCGGAUCCAGCCCUGGAAAACGGGAUGAAGAGCCAAAACACCGGCUCGAUUCCCACCCCGACCAGCACCUCCACGUCCUCCCUCAGCUUGUUGGGGGCCUACUCGGACAGCGAGGACAGCGAGGACUGAGGAGCCACCUCAGCAGGAUGGGGAUGUUCCUGGAUGGCAGCAGCUGCCCCUGGAGCCCCACGUGGAGCUGGAAGCACAGCCUGGGCCCAGGGAAUUCCAGGCCAGCUGCUGUUCCCAAAUCCUGACCCGCAGUGCCCGCCCUCGCUGCUGGCACACGGAGGAGCUGCUCCCGUGGGAAGGGGGUUUCCCUGGAGCAGGGAUCCUGUGGGAAGCCUCUGUGCCCACUCCCAGCAUCCAGCCAGCCCGGUGUGUGUCCCAGCCCUGCUCCCAGGAUGUGUUGGGAAGCACAGGACUCUGCUGUCUCCAUCCUGGGGGUGCCCAGGCCCUGUUUUGGGGGCUCACCGACCCUCCCACAGCAGUGAAAGGGACCUCAGAGCUGCCCUUCCCACUGGGAUGCAGAGACCAGGUGGGCACUCACCCCUCUGCCACCUCAGGAGGGCCCACCACUCCUUUUUUGUCCCUGGAGCCCAAAUCCAGAGUCCUGGAGCUGUGUUGUCCCUGCUCCAAGUGACCCUGAAACCCAAAUCCAGAGUCCUGGAGCUGUCAUAUCCCUGCUCUGAGUGACCCUGAAACCCAAAUCCAGAAUCCUGGAGCUGUGUUGUCCCUGCUCCGAGUGACCCUGAAACCCAAAUCCAGAAUCCUGGAGCUGUGUUGUCCCUGCUCCGAGUGACCCUGGACCCCUUUUCUGUCCCUGGAGCCCAAAUCCAGUGUCCUUGGACUGUGUUGUCCCUGCUCUGAGUGACCCUGGACCCCUUUUCCAUCUCCUGGGGGUCUCAGAUCCCACCUUUGUGACUGGAUCCUGCCCCCCAGCCCCAGGGGGGCUGUGUCCUGCCAGCAGCCCCCUCCCCUCCCUGAGCCCCCCCAGAUGUCCCCAGGAGCUCGGUGACAAACCCCUCCCCGCCCUUCCCCGGCUCCAGCAGCCACAACUCCGGAAUAAAUUGGAUUUGUCAGA